ACUAUACACAAGCCAACAUCCUGGGCAGGAACAGGAGUGCUCCUUCUCUCCAUCCACUUCAUCCUGUCAGGUAGGGAUGUCCCAUGCCACGCUCACCACGUGGGCAAGGUGCAUCAGCAAGAUGUGUCAGACUGGGAGCUGUCUCAGACACUGACCAUCCACACUGUCUUUCUUCAAACCAGCUGCACUACUUGUGCUCCCUUGACUUGCUGGGAGGCUGCCUUUGAUGGAUGGGAGCACCCCAAAAUUCUCACUCCCACUUCAAAAGCAGAGCCAAAAGUCCUCCCCAUCUUUCUUUGGCAAAACAAGGCAGGCUGGGCUUUUGAUCAUCAAAGUUUUCCUGUUUGGAAGGAGGAGGAGCCGUCUAGUCAUGGGUUCAUUGAUUCCUUGCCCAGCAGGAAUGUUUACUUGGGCACAACUCAGCCGCACCUCUGAUGACUAACAGGCAGUGCUCUCUCUCUUUGAUAUACUAUCAGCUGGGUUUAUCAGAGUAUCAACACAACCUCCCCACUCCUGGACUCUCCCCUUCUAGCUAGCUCUCCUUGCAGAGCAGGCAAGGACUGCGUGGGAGCUGAGCUUACCUCCUAUUUCAAGGAAUCUUAACAGCAGGUUUUAAGAUACUUAUUUACUUUUCUGGUCUGUGCAGGAAGUUUGAGCUAAAAAAAAAAAGAUAGAAGUAUAAUUACUCUGGCGUGCCUGCAUUCCUACUCUAGGCUCAGACGGGCAGGGACUCUUUCUUGUUGGAGCCAGGAAGAGGAUCUUAUCCCUGGAGAUCACCGCCGCAGACGUGUAACUGAAACCUGCAGCCAUGCUGAAACAGAUAUUAUCAGACAUGUACAUCGAUCCUGACCUGCUGGCAGAACUCAGCGAGGAGCAGAAGCAGAUCCUCUUCUUCAAGAUGAGGCAGGAACAGAUCAGACGGUGGGAGGAAAGAGAAGCUGCUGUGGACAAGGCUCCAGCAAAGAAGCCACUGCCAAGAAAAGCCAAUGGGAAGUCGGUGACAUGGAAACUCGGUGCUGACAAUGAUGUCUGGGUCUGGGUGAUGGGCGAGCAUCCUUCAGAUAAACCAUAUGCAGCCAUCUGUGAAGAGAUCCAGGCGCAAAGAGCAAAGUGCUUGGCGAGAGAGCAAGGCAAGGAGGGCAGAGAGACUGACUCUUCUAUAACAUGGUCUCUACACCCACAACCAGGACUACUGGGUGAGACAGAUCUUCAUGAGAAUAAAAAAAGCACUGUGCAGACAAAGGAGGAACGUGGGACAAAAACAACUGAUACAACAACCGGGAAAAGUCAGGAGCUCACAAAGAGGGGAACCAGAGAUGUUCACCAGAUGCUGGCAGACUGUCAUAUGAGGACACUUAGCUUCCAAAAGCCAAAGGAAGCACAGAGGAGAAAUUCCGAAGAGACCACAGACUCCCAGGAGGCAAUACCACAGAGCCACUCCAGCACAGAGAGCCAGAGAACAUUGCAGAAAUCGGAUGAGAAUGAGCCUGAAUGGCAGGAAUUCUUGCGGAAAUCCAAGGCGGCAGAUGAGAAGAGACGCUCCCUUGCACGGCAAGCCAGGGAUGACUACAGGAGGCUUUCACUGCAGGGCAUCCAUAGAGGGAAGCAGGCAGAUAUUUCCAAGGGUGCCAUAGCAGGAGAUCGGCGACCACUCCAGUAUCCACCUCUCCCCCCCAAGCCUAAAAUUCUACCUCCUAUGACAGCAAAUGGGAGAGCAAUUAGGAAAGAGGGAAUCCAGAGGACAAUCUCCAAUUCCACUGAAGAAAGCAUCAUCAAGUGGUUCAGAGAAGAGCAGUUCCCUCUCCGAGCUGGCUAUCUGAAAACCACGGACACAAUAGCACCUUGGUUCCAUGGUAUCCUAACCUCUAAGAAAGCGGAGGAGCUUCUAGAUAAAACAGUACCAGGGAGUUUUCUGAUCCGGGUCAGUGAGAAAAUCAAAGGCUAUGUGCUCUCCUAUCGGUCUGUGGAAGGAUGUAAACACUUCCUCAUUGAUGCCUCCAGCGAUUCCUACAGCUUCCUUGGAGUGGACCAGCUGCAACAUUCAACGCUGGCUGACCUUGUAGACUACCACAAGGAUGAACCCAUCACUUCCUUGGGGAAGGAGCUGCUGCUUUACCCAUGUGGCCAAGAGGACCGAGAGCCAGACUACAUCUCUCUCUUUGAGUGAACCUCCCAGUCUCAGUGUGCAGUCCCAUGCUUGUAUUCACAAAGACUGAACUUGGAACUAGAGCUGCUGAUACUUACCUGAAA